GAGACUGCGGAGAUAUCCGAGAAGAGAAACCGAUCGCUUCUCAAUCUCUGUGUCUGUCCCUUUAAACAGCAGUUGGUCUGUGAUCCCCACCCGCACAGCCACGUCCUGGUUUGGGGGAAAGUCCCAAACAGAGCAAAGAGCUGAUGGUGAAAUGGCGUCUGAACAGGAACUGGAGAACCUGAGAAAUGAAGCCACUUGUUCAAUCUGUCUGGAGUUUUACACGGAUCCGGUGUCUACAGACUGUGGCCACAACUUCUGCAGAGACUGUAUUUUACAGUGUUGGGGCACAGGACAAGAAAGUGUGUCCUGUCCGCAGUGCAGGCAGCAGAUUCCCCAGAGGUGUGUUCGGCCCAACAGAACUCUGUCUAACAUGGUUGAGAGUGUUCAGAGACUGAGCCUGAAUCUGAGGCUGGAAGAGGUGGGAAUCCAGUGUGAAGAGCAUGAGGAGAAGCUGAAACUGUUUUGUGAAACGGAUCAAAGAGCGAUCUGUGUGGUCUGUGCGAUGUCCCGUGAUCACAAGGAUCACACAGUCAUUCCCAUUAAGGAAGCAGCUGAGCUCCACAAGCAAAAGCUGCAGAAAGCCCUGGACACCCUUCAGAAACAGUUGGAUGAAAUGUCUCAGUGUCAGAGAGAAGUAGGAGCUACUCAACUGGAAGUGAUAAGACAAGCCGAGCUUUUGAGGAAGAACAUCGAUGCUGAAUUUGCUAAACGUCACCAGCUGCUGACUGAGGAGCAGCGAGACCUUAUCACCAAACUCAGACAGCAGGAGGAGGCCAUCUUAGGGCAAAUAGAAAACAAUAAGAGUCACAUUUCCAAGCAAAUUACUUCUAUUAAAAAGAGAAUAGCGGAAAUCCAGACAAGACUGACUCUCCAGAACAUCGAAUUCCUCAAGGAUAUCAAAUCCAUCAUUGACAGGUCUGGUGUUGACAUCAAGAAACCCACAAAAGUGUCUGUUGAUGUGGCUGAGAGGGACCUCAUUGGGCCUCUGCAGAGCAGAGAGUGGAGACUCCUGUUAAAGGGCAUCAUUGCAGCUCCAGCCUCUCUGACUCUGGAUCCUAACACAGCCCAUCGCCGGCUCAUCCUGUCUGAGGACCGGACCCGAGUGAGAGCCGGUGACAAAGAUCAGCGGGUUCCUGACACCCCGGAGAGGUUCAGUUUCUGGCCCAGUGUCCUGGGGUGUGAGGGGUUCACAUCAGGGAGACAUUACUGGGAGGUGGGGGUGGGGAACAGCCCACACUGGACAGUGGGGGUGGCCCGAGAGUCUGUGCCCAGGAAGGGGUAUUUCACUCCUGGACCUGAGGCUGGAGUCUGGGCUGUGGGGCUGUACAAUGGGGAAUAUAUAGCUCUUACCUCACCUCCUACCCCCCUCCCCCUGAGGGUGAGCCCCCGGGUGCUGGGCGUGUACCUGGACUAUGCUGGAGGACAGGUGUCGCUGUACGACACUGACAACAUGUCUCAUCUCUUCACUUUCACCCACACCUUCUCUGGGAAACUCUUCCCUUACUUUAGCCCUGGCCAUAACGCCGACCUGACACUGACCCCUGACACUGACCCUCUGACAGGGGUGAGGUCGACCAAUCAGAGAGAGGGUACAGGGGGUGAAUCAUCCAAGGAUUACCACAAUCGCUGGUAAGUUACCUGCAGGAUGAUAAUUACUGACCAGACUCCACAUUAUUCCUGGUGCACUCUCAUGCUGAAGCAAACCUACCCAAAUUGGACUUUGAGAGCUCUGCACGUACGUGUACAACUGACACACUCUCUUCCUGCGGGAAGACACACAUCAGGAACAAUGUCAGUCACAGCUGUCGAGCUGGGAGACACCAGCGUAUUUUUGGUGUAUUACUGGAGUUUAACCAAUUCAAACUGGACAUAGCUUGACCAUUGAGAGCUUUGACUGUUAUGAUACCUCUUGUGUGUUCAGCUGGGAUUAUACUUGUUGGAGCUUUGGCUUUGAAGUAAUUGGUCCAAGUAUGAAGUAUCCCUGCACCUCCUUAACAUGCUAUUUGUGGGUGAGGUCUGUAUUACUGCAGACACAUGUGGCUCAGGAACCAAACGAGCGGUUUUGAACGCUGGCACACAGGGUUGACUUGAUUCCGACAAUCUGUUCUCAAAAAUGUCCUUUGGAGCCAGUUCUGCUUCAAGGAAAGUGCUAAUCUUGAACCAAACAGAAUAGUCACGAGUUGGUCUAGUUUGUGGGAUGUUAUUGUGAGCAAUUGACUGCUGUAUUUUGCACAUAAAAGAAGCAGUCACUACA